ACAAACCCUCCUUCUCGUCUCGGGCCUCGCUCUUGCGUCCGCCGCGGACAUCAUGUCUGGGAGCAUCUUUGGAGAUACCAACGACACUGCCCUGGUGGCCGCGCGACACAACCCCAACCGCACAAGUGCAGUAGGCUUCCAGAUGGGCGACCAAAACUUCACAUUCCGCGUCGAUGUUGCAGAACUGACGCCAGACUGGAACACCACCGUACAAAACCCACGUGUCGUGACUUCUUUCUACGCCAUUGAGUGGCAGAGCGGCAAAAGUCUGAACGAUACUGUGGCUGCUGCGGAAGCACUUGCGGAAGGAGUGACUCCUCGCAUCUGCGCGGCACUGCCUCUGAGUCUGUUGUCGGCGUCAGUCAACAACGGCUACAGUAACAAUGACAAUGGAGACUGCACUGGAGCACUCGGAAAAGAUUGCGUGGAAGACCUCAAGAAAGCCAGUUAUGAACCAAACCUCCCAUGCUCACCCACUAUACCCAAAAGCUGUGCUUCUAAACUCGGCACUGGCGGUAUCGGAAGCGCUCCACUGGUCGCUCAAGGAGAAACUCAAAAGUCUCCACUGAGCUUUUUCCGCUGGUCAUCACCGGCAUAUACUGCUGGGAACGACACAGAAUAUACACGGGAAACGGAACGCCUGCACGUGGUCAUAUUUUCAGGAAUGAAUACCUAUCCUGUGUGUCUCCGCGUUGAGACGGAUCAUGUCGACAAAAAGAGUCCCGCAACUUCUGGGGCAGCAAAAAGCUCGAGUGGGAGUUCGAUGUUCUCAGUGAUGCUGGUUAUCAGUGCCGCGUUGUGGUUGGCU